AUACGGUACACAAAGGAAUACUAUCGUGGAGUUGUAGUACUUACUACUUCCGCCCUUUACUUCGCCCAUCCUCACAAUCUCAACCCUUUCUUCUGUUCUCCCAACCCCCUCUUCCUCUUCACCCAGCACAUCGGUCUCUCUCUCUCUACGUUCAUAACAAAAUGGCCGAUGAAACUCCAAGGCCACCUCCUGCACCAUCCUCCGACCAACCAACUAAUAAGGACGAAUCAGAGUCGCCAGCCCCUGUGUCGGUGGUGGUGACGGAGUCUGAAUCACUCGCUAUGACUGAGAAAGAAGAGGAACCGCCUACCCCACCUCCAGCACCAUCCUCCGACCAACCAACUUAUAUGGAGGAUUCACCAUCCCCAGUGUCCGUGGUGGUGACGGAGUCUGAAGCCCUCACUGUGGCUGAAAAUAAGGAGCAACCGACUACCCCACUUCCAGCGGCCGAGUCAGAUUCACUGGUCGUGCUGGAGGAGAAAGAAGAGCUUCCGCCGUCAUCUGUGGCUGCAGUUGUGGAGGUGAAAACUUCAGCUACCCAAGACGGGGUUAGUGUGUUUGAGGAAGAGAAACAGAAGCCGACUGAGAAGAAAAUGAUUCCUCAGUCUCUGGUCUCGUUCAAGGAGGAGAGCAAUUUAGUGGCUGAUCUCUCAGAUUCCGAGCGGAAGGCUCUGCAAGAACUCAAGCAGCUCGUCCAAGAAGCUCUCAACGGUAGCCGACUUACUUUCGUACCACCUCCUAAAGACGCAGAGAAACAGAGUUCAACUGGAGAAGCACAGACAAAGCAAGAAGAUACCCCAGCUAUGCCCUCCGAAUCCACACCGAGAAUCGAAGAAAACCCAGAAAAGGAAGCCCAAGAAGUAUCGAAAGAAGUGGAGGAGGUGUCCAUUUGGGGGGUUCCUCUUCUUAAGGACGACAGGACCGAUGUGAUUCUGCUCAAGUUUUUACGAGCCAGGGAUUUCAAAGUCAAAGACGCUUUCGUCAUGAUCAGGAACACAAUCAAAUGGAGGAAGGAGUUCGGGAUCGAUGCGCUUAUCGACCAGGAUCUCGGGGACGAGUGGGAAAAGGUGGUCUUUAUGCAUGGAUAUGACAGAGAGGAGCAUCCCGUGUGUUACAAUGUAUAUGGGGAGUUUCAGAACAAGGAGGUUUAUGCAAAAGCAUUUUCAGAUGAGGAGAAGAGAGCCACGUUCUUGAGGUGGAGGAUACAGUUCUUGGAGAGGAGUAUCAGGAAGCUUGAUUUUAGUCCUGGUGGCGUUUGCACCAUCUUUCAGGUCAAUGACCUAAAGAAUUCUCCAGGACCCGCGAAGCGCGAGCUUAGGCUGGCCACAAAGCAGGCUCUUCAGUUGCUUCAGGACAAUUAUCCCGAGUUUGUAGCCAAACAGGUGUUUAUCAAUGUUCCUUGGUGGUAUCUUGCGUUCUAUACGAUACUCAGUCCAUUCUUGACCCAGAGGACCAAGAGCAAGUUUGUCUUUACGGGGCCAUCUAAGACUGCUGAAACCCUUUUCAAAUACAUAUCUCCUGAGCAAGUGCCAGUUCAAUAUGGUGGAUUGAGUGUCGAUUAUUGCGAUUGCAACCCAGAAUUCAGCAUUUCUGAUCCAGUCACGGAGGUUACGGUUAAGCCAGCUACUAAGCAAACUGUGGAAAUCAUAAUUUACGAGAAAUGCAUCAUUGUUUGGGAGCUACGAGUGGUUGGCUGGGAGGUGACCUAUGGUGCUGAAUUUGUACCCAACGCCGAAGAUGGAUAUACCGUUGUUAUACAUAAAUCUGCAAAGAAGGCCCCUACUGAUGAACCAGUGGUGUCCAACAGCUUUAAAGUUAGUGAACUAGGCAAACUACUGCUCACGGUUGAUAACCCAACCUCAAAAAAGAAGAAGCUCCUUUACAGGUUCAAUAUCAAAUCCUUCUUAGAUUGAUGAUACCAAAUCAACUCAAAGCACACGAAACAUUUCCUGUGCUCGGGAUGAAUUGAGAGUGAGAAGUUUCGGUUUUCAUUAAUUGAUGAUCCUUAUACUGAUUGAAGAUUUCUGCUCGAUCAUUGUGCUGUAAAUUGGUGUUUACUUGAGGCUUGGAAUUUAGUAUUUAAACAUGGAUAUAUAAUUAUUUCCCCUUUUAGUAUUUGGGUGAGUCUGUUCUCAUAUGGGUUUUUUGUUCCUGGGGAGUAAGAUGUUGGAGUCAGUCUGUUUAGCAUCUGGCGCUGGUUUGUAAUACCAGCGCUAUAACUUCAGUUUGGCAAACAAGGAGAAAUUUGAGGGCAGUUGGUGUGAUUAUGUUUGUAAAAUUUGGUGUUCAGGUGUGACACUCUGUUUUGUUUUAUGGAUGACGUCUGAAACUGUUAUGACCAAA